GCUGAGGAGUUUGGGAAGAUUCUUUGGAACCUAAACCUAAACGAAAUUGAGUCAAAAGUAAUUCUUUUGAGAAAGUCAAAAAAUCCAUCACACAUUAAAUUAAUUGAAGGCUUGUCACAAAUAAUUUUUGCAUUGGAUACCUUUCUGGAUACUUCUUCGCAAGAUUCCGAAAGUGACGACUUCUGCAUUAUAGUUUAUGAGACCGUACAUCUAAGCAAUGGUGAAAUUCUGCGAACUUCAGGGGAUUUCCAGGGCAAAGAGUGGUUUAGUAAUGUUUCAAUUACUCCUGCAAAAGACCAGAAUAAAUCAGUUGAUG